UAGUCCUGGCGAAUACACUCAGUAAAUAGUUCGAAGGCGGUGGGGAGUCUACUCAGGGAUGUCGAAAAUCUUGAGCGAAUAAAACACAUAGCUCCUUGCUUUCACCUCAAACAAAAUGAGUCGAGCGCCCGUCCGCCUACCAUCCAAGCGCGAGCCUAUUGCUAACUAAAACCGCCGAACAACGGACGCGGGCAAAUUUAAAAUUCGAAUACUAAAAAAAUAUUAUUUAAAAAAUAAUAAUUCAAUUUGAAAAGUGAGUUCUCGAAAAUCGAACGUUCAGUGAAAAAUGGAUUGUUUGAAACAAUAAAAAAAGUUGUAAAAAAUAUUUCAAUUCAAAAAUCAUUUUGUUAGUUAAUAAAAUUGAAAUUAAUUUUUAACAAAAAUGAAAAUGGCCGACCGUUGUGUUUUGUCCCUGUUGAUGUUAUGUUUGACUGUUAUAUGCCACACCGGAGAAGCUGCGGAAAGCGUCAAUCCAGACGCCAUACCGGAAUACAUCCUACCAUGCAACCAAAACGAUCCUCAACUGGACACUUGUAUUAAGAACUCCUUCAACCACCUUCGGCCGUACCUGUCAAGAGGUAUUCCUGAACUAGGAGUGCCUCCAGUUGAACCCCUUUUUAUCGACCGACUAGUGAUGGCCAACGAUGCUGGGCCAGUGAGAGUAACAGCGGCAUUCAACAACAUCACCGUUGUCGGACCUAGUAAUUAUACCAUUACGAAGAUCAGGUCAGACUUGAAGAAGCUCCGAAUUGACAUGGGGCUGGUGCUCCCACGCAUCGAGAUCACAGGAAGAUAUGAAGUCUCAGGGCAAGUGCUGCUGUUCCCUGUCAGGUCUCAGGGAGACUUCUGGGCUUCAUUUGGUGACGUGGUUGCUAUCGCAAAGAUCUUCGGCAAGGAGACGACUCGCGACAACGUCAAGUACAUGUUGGCUGACAGACUGCUGGUGGACUUCAAGCUGAGGACCUCUCGCUUCAAGGUCAAGGACACUGUCAACCAUGGAAGUGUCAUUGGUGAAGCGAUGAACCAGUUUUUAAACAACAAUGCAGCUGAAAUCAUUGAGGAGAUGAGACCUGCAGCGUCAGUAUCAAUCGCGAAGCAUUUCCAGGCGUUCGUGAACGCCGCCUUCUCCAAGAUCCCCAUCGACGUGUGGCUCAAGUCUUAAACCAGUGUGUGACUCAUUAACGGCCCUUCUCAAUAUACUAUCUAUCUGUGGUUUUGCUUACUAGAGAUAGGCAUUUGACAUUAGUUCAUCAUCAUCAUCAUCUCAGCCAUAGGACGUCUACUGACUUUAGUAGUGUGGGGCUAAUAUCAAAAUUCUAUCUCUAGUUUGAAAAACCACAGGUGCAUAGAAUAUUUGAAACGGUUGUAACUCAAAGACAUUUCUCUAGUAAUACAGACUUUCCUACAGUUGUGAAUGUUUCAGUAAGUAUUGUUACUUCUCCAUAGACUUUGUCUCGUACCAAUAGAAGUUCGUUUGAAUGUAUAAUAGUACAAAUAUUAAGUUGAAGUGGAAGAUUUUGUGUUCUGUAUGAAUUUGUUUGAUAGAUACUCUUCAAGACUGUGUUUACUUGUAUUUUUUUCUGCUUCAUCCACCGUGUGUUUCUUGUGUUUUCGAUAAAAGAUCUCAGAUAAUAACAGUUUUGUAUAAAAUUGUCAAAUAAGAUUUUUUUUUUUUGUCAUAUCUUAUCCAUAUCUUGAUCGUAAACAAUUUGUGUGUAUUUUGUACUUGUGUGUGAAUAUCAUAUAACGAUUUUGUGUCCAAAUUAAUAUCUGGACGGUAUUAAAUCAAUCCUAAUACCAGUUUUAGUUUUCGAACUUAUGUCCAUAAUGGCUAAAAUUUUGCAAAUUAUCCUACAUUGGAACAUCAGUUACUUCCCUUAAUAUUUCUUCGAUACAAGCAAUGUAGUGAAUGCUAAACUUGGGUCAUUAUGUAUUUAAGUAAUUAGCCAGUUAUAAGGCAUAAGUAAGCUUUAUUUAUUUAAGUUACUAAGUGAUCACCCGAUACUUUGUAGACGAACUUAACUCUGUACUUAAGUAGGUUAUAUAUUUGUAAUAACGAUUGUGAUGACUAAAUUGUACUUGUAGUUGUAAAAAUAUAUUAUUAUUUACAACUCUA